AUGACUUCCAUUGCGAUCCUCGAUGUUCCCCUACGUGGCCUCGGGGUAGGCGAGAAGACGAAUACUGCAAAACGGCCUCCUUCUUUGCCUAUUAUCAUCGAGACCCAGUACAAGGUCAUCAAGCCAAAGGCACUGAAUACCGGUGUUCUCGAGAUCAUUCAAGAACCUGUCUUCCCCUUUAUCACGGCUGACGGUCGGAUCGUGGCUUCCUCAUAUGCGUGGACCACACCAACCAUGCCAGGCAGUCGACCAGCGAUGACAAGCUUGGAUUCCAGAAGUGUUUGGAAUCUUCUACCAUCUAGCGUAAGGUGA